AUGUCUGGAGGUGAAACAAAUCAAAUGAACAUAGAGGAAGAAACAGAGACAAUAACAAAGGACAUUCCAGAGAAGAAGCUGAAAGAUCGUAAGGUGUCAUGGGCAAAACUCCGUCGUGUAGAUUCUCUCAAUUUAGAAGCUGGAAGAGUUUCUAUGAAUACAAAUCACCAUUCCAAGGUGGGUUGGAGCAUGACGUUGAGUUUGGCAUUUCAAAGCAUAGGGAUUGUGUACGGUGAUAUUGGUACAUCACCACUUUAUGUGUAUGCAAGUACUUUCACAGAUGGAAUAAAAAACAGGGAUGACAUUCUUGGAGUUUUGUCUCUCAUCAUCUACACCAUUGUUCUCAUUCCCAUGCUCAAAUAUGUUUUCAUUGUUUUAUGGGCUAAUGAUAAUGGGAACGGUGGAGCAUUUGCACUAUACUCAUUGAUUUGUAGAUAUAUAAAAGUGAGUUUGGCACCCAAUCAACAACCAGAAGACAUGGAACUUUCUAAUUACAAACUUGAAAUUCCAUCUUACAAGCAAAAAAGAGCCAAUAAAAUAAAGAAAAUGAUUGAGCAAAGUCAUUUUGCUAGAAUUCUUCUCUUACUUCUAGCUAUCAUGGGAACUUCCAUGGUUAUAGGAGAUGGCAUUCUCACUCCUUCCAUUUCAGUACUUUCAGCUGUUAGUGGAAUCAGUUCUUCACUAGGUCAAAAUGCUGUUGUGGGAAUUACAGUAGCAAUUUUGGUGGUGUUAUUUUCUAUGCAACGGUUUGGUACUGAUAAAGUGGGAGCUUUAUUUGCUCCAAUUAUUUUAUUAUGGUUUUUAUUCAUUGCUGGAAUUGGUCUCUAUAAUUUAUUCAAAUAUGACCUUGGAGUAUUAAAAGCUUUUAAUCCUAAAUACAUAGUUGAUUAUUUCAAAAGAAAUGGUAAAGAAGGUUGGAUAUCAUUAGGUGGAGUCUUCUUAUGUAUAACAGGAUCUGAGGCCAUGUUUGCUGAUUUGGGACACUUCAAUGUUAGAGCAAUUCAAAUUAGUUUUUCUUUUGUUACAUGUCCUGCAAUAUUGGCAGCAUAUGUUGGACAAGCAGCAUAUCUAAGAGAGUUCCCUGACAAAGUCUCCAACACUUUCUAUGACAGUAUACCAGACCCUUUGUAUUGGCCUACAUUUGUUGUGGCCAUUGGUGCUGCCAUUAUUGCUAGCCAAGCUAUGAUUUCAGGAGCAUUUUCCAUUAUAUCACAAGCCCUAAGUCUAGGUUGUUUCCCUAGGGUUAGGGUUGUUCAUACUUCAACAAAGCAUCAAGGUCAGGUGUAUAUUCCAGAGAUCAACUACAUGUUCAUGCUUGGAUGUAUUGUGGUUUGUGUUGCCUUCAAAACCACUGAUAAGAUUAGUCAUGCAUAUGGUAUUGCGGUUAUUGGUGAUAUGAUGAUUACAACAACAUUGGUUUCACUGAUAAUGCUUGUUAUAUGGAAGAAGAGUUUAUGGAUGGUUAUCCUUUUCUUUUGUGUUUUUGGUUUCACUGAGAUUCUCUAUUUCACUUCUCAACUAACCAAGUUCACAGGAGGAGGAUAUUUCCCAAUUGUGCUAGCUUUGUUCUUGACAAUGAUUAUGGGAAUUUGGCAUUAUGUACACAAAGAAAGAUACAUGUUUGAGCUUAAAAACAAGGUUUCUACUGAGUAUUUGAAAGAAUUGGCUAAUAAUGCAGAUGUCCACAGAAUUCCUGGAAUCGGACUUCUUUAUUCCGAGCUCGUACAAGGAAUUCCUCCGAUAUUUCCGCAUUUCGUAGCUAGUGUUCCGUCGAUUCAUUCGGUCGUUGUGUUUGUUUCUAUCAAGACUGUUCCGGUUAGUAGAGUUGCGUCGGAAGAGAGGUUUUUGUUUCGACAAGUGGAGCCGAGAGAGUAUAGAAUUUUCCGAUGUGUGGUGAGGCGCGGUUACAACGAUGUGCUCGAGGAGCCUGUUGAGUUCGAGUCGCAAUUAAUACAAAAUCUCAAAGGAUUCAUUCAACAAGAGAAUUUCAUGCUUGAGGCUAAUGAAGGAACUACUACUACAAAUGUAGCAGCAGCAACAAGUGGAGAAUUAGUAGUGCCUAUUUCUACUAAUGAGAAUGAACAAAUGGAAGAUGUGAAACCAAAGUCUACGAAUUCUUCUAGUAGAAUCAUCCCAAGUGUUGGUGUGUCUCAUGUGUCAUCAGAUUCAAUAAGAUCAUUACCAGGAAGUGUGACAAAAUCAUCAAAUUUCUAUGCACCUAUGAUUCAAGGACCUGAAGAGGAGAUUAAGUUUAUAGAUAAAGCAAUGGAAAGAGGAGUGGUGUAUAUGAUAGGUGAAGCUGAGGUUGUGGCUCAUCCAAAUUCUUCCAUUUUGAAUAAGAUUGUUGUGAACUAUGCUUAUAGCUUCUUGAGGAAGAACUUUAGACAGGGAGAACAGUCCAUUGCAAUCCCACACAAGAGACUUCUCAAAGUUGGAAUGACAUAUGAGUUAUAA